GAUCAUCGAGUAAAAUAAAAAGUAAUAACUCUUGUAUUCUUGUAACAUUCUUGUAACAAGAGAAUAAUAGUUAUAAGAACAAUAAUAGAAACAUUUUGUUCUCAAAUCCUAUAUAACAACGAGACACCACCCACCAACUUCUCAACCGAAACCCCAACCGGAAAACCAAACAAUGGCUUCUCCGGCGACGACAACCACAACGAACCCCUCCGAGCCCUGGCUGCUCGAAAACGGCACCAUGAAGCGGCUAACCAGAACCGCCAACGGCCACAGCCGCACCGCUCACAACAUGUCCUCCUCCUCACUCCGUAAAAAGUCCGAUAUGCCAAUAAUCUCCAAACUUCAUUCAUCAAUCCUUAGGGUUUUGCUUUCUAGCAUCCACGAAGUCAUUUUCGGAACUACGUUAUCGCUCCUUUUACUCGCCGUUCCGGCCGCCGUCGCUGCCCACUACUUCCGGCUGCCGCAGCCGUGGGUUUUUGCGAUGAGUUUGGUGGGAUUGAUUCCGCUUGCAGAGCGAGUUAGUUUUCUAACAGAGCAAAUAUCAUUCUACACUGGUGCUACAGUGGGAGGGCUACUGAACGCAACAUGUGGGAAUGCAACUGAGCUUAUAAUUGCAAUAUUUGCAUUGUUACAGAACAAAAUAGAUGUUGUUAAGUACUCUCUCUUGGGUUCCAUUCUCUCCAACUUACUUUUGGUCCUUGGAAGUUCUCUCCUUUGUGGUGGCCUUGCAAAUAUUUCAACUGAUCAAACAUUUGAUAGGAAACAAUCAGAUGUGAAUAUAUCUCUGUUGUUAUUGGCGUUGCUGUGCAAUAUAAUGCCUUUGCUGUAUAAAUAUGCUGCUGCAAAUGAUCAAAAUCCCGCUGCUGACGCGUCAAACACUGCUAAAGCAAUACUAUAUUUGUCCAGAGCUUGUUCCGUUGUCUUGCUGUUUGCUUACUUUGCUUAUCUUGCAUUUCAACUGUGGACCCACAAUGAUAUCUUUGAAUCACAAGAGGAAGAGGAAGAGGCUGACCUGGAUACAAGCCAAGACGAAAGUCCGGUAAUAGGGCUUUGGGGUGCAAUCGUUUGGCUAACGGGAAUGACCGCUUUCAUUGCAUUGUUGUCAGAAUAUUUAGUGGACACCAUUGAGGCUGCUUCAACGUCGUGGGGAAUGCCAUUGAGCUUCAUUAGUAUCAUCUUGCUACCAAUUGUCGGAAAUGCAGCUGAACAUGCUGGAGCCAUCAUCUUUUCUCUUAAGAAUAAGCUUGAUAUAACUUUGGGGGUGGCACUUGGUUCUGCAACUCAAAUUGCUGUUUUUGUGGUCCCAUUGAGUGUAAUCGUUGCAUGGAUAAUCAAUGUCGACAUGGAUCUUGAUUUUCGUCUUAUUGAAACUGGAUCGCUUUUUCUAGGAAUUUUAGUCACCGCCAUCACAUUGCAUGAUGGAACUUCUCACUACCUUAAAGGUCUGGUUCUUUUGUUAUGCUACAUUGUUAUUGGGGCAACUUUUUUAAUUACGGAUUUGCCAUUUGACAGCACGAAGAACGAUCCGGGUGCGGGAUCUCAAUCAUCAAAUUUGCUGAUGCUAUGAGUCUGUAGGCCAGGGUUUCAGUUUCUAGGAAGAUCAAUUUACCCGCAAGAAGAUUAAGAUGCAAAUCUUAACUCUUAGUCUCUAAUUAGGUUUAACGCAAAUCUCAUUUCUUUUAAUAAUCCUUUUAAUAAUCAGGCUUGUACCGUACAAGUUCUGAAGCUGCAUUAGAAAUUACCAUUCUAACAUCAUGUAUGAUAUGAUGAUCUAAUGAUUUAGUGAUCUGUGAUUAUUCCAUAA